GGCCGUCCAAGAUGGCGCCCGGUUUGCGGGGUCUGAGGAGGAGGAAGAGAAGGUUUUACCUGUAACUAGGAACUGAGGGGGAGGAGAAGCCUGAGGAGAUUUAUUUAUUUAAUUUUUUUGGUCGUCGUCACCCUGUCCCAUAUCUUCUCUGGGGACUCUGCUUGAAGGGGAAUUGGAGGAGGCUCUUCAAUGUGUGCCUUUUUCCAGGGAGGGGCUAUGGUGUUGCUGGACUGUGCCUGCGGUUCUUAAAGGCAGCCGCCUCUUCUUCUCAAGUCAUGGCUCUGAGGGAGCUCAAAGUUUGCCUGCUCGGGGACACUGGUGUGGGCAAAUCAAGCAUUGUAUGGCGCUUUGUAGAAGACAGCUUUGAUCCCAACAUUAAUCCAACAAUCGGAGCAUCUUUUAUGACCAAGACAGUGCAGUAUCAGAAUGAGUUGCAUAAAUUCUUAAUAUGGGAUACAGCUGGACAAGAACGAUUUCGUGCUCUGGCGCCAAUGUACUACCGAGGGUCCGCAGCAGCUAUUAUAGUUUAUGACAUCACAAAAGAGGAAACAUUUUCAACAUUAAAAAACUGGGUGAAAGAACUUCGCCAACAUGGACCUCCCAAUAUUGUUGUAGCUAUUGCUGGAAAUAAGUGUGAUCUUAAUGAUGUAAGAGAAGUCAUGGAAAAAGAUGCUAAAGACUAUGCAGAUUCCAUCCACGCAAUAUUUGUAGAGACGAGUGCAAAAAAUGCAAUAAACAUAAAUGAACUCUUUAUAGAAAUUAGUCGUAGAAUUCCAUCAACAGAUACCAACCCCCCAUCUAGCGGUAAGGGCUUCAAACUUAGAAGACAGCCUUCAGUGACAAAACGCAGCUGCUGUUGACUGAUACCAUAGUAUAUCAGACUAGCUUUUAUAAAGUAUUUGGCCUUGGAAGUUAAGGGUUUAUUUUGAGUAUAUCUUAUUGGUACUGGAUUCCUAUCUGCCUGAUGUCCAUAGACCCAAAAGUGGACCAGCUCUGGCACACUUACAUACACGCUGAGGAGACUGCAGUGGUUAUGCUGUCAGACUGUUUCUUUGCAUACAACAUACGGACUAUCUCUCAUACUCAAAGGGAAUCGUCUUCAAUUUCUGCUUUAGCCUUGUGAGAAAAAGACUCCCAACAUACCAAUUGUAAGAGUUGAUAUUUCAUAAUUUUUGUAAAACAAAACUUUGCCAUGUUUUGUAAGGAGGGUGGGGGGAAAGGGAAGUAGCACUUUUGUGGUUUUUGGUGGGAGCGGAUAUAAAUGUUAUCUCUGACCUUAACAUGGCCCUGCACUCCUCCUCGUCAUUGUUGCUCUAAGCCUUACAGUUUUCAUUGUUGCUUCUCCAAAGUACAAAAUGAGCAGCUGAUUAAUAGAUGCCUGCAAAAAUAAUGAAACUGAUCGAAAUGACCAAAUCAACCCACCCAAUCCCCAACCUGAAUUGCACUUUCAUGAUUUACUGAUGGUAUUGUAGAAAUACAAACAAAGGGCAGUAUCCUAUGCUGCCUGGGCACCAGCAGGAUCCACCACCAGCACAAUGAGGAGCCAGUGCUUCAUAAAGAACCCCUGAAAUGGGCAGAAAUGCAGUAUUGGGCAAAAGGCAGGGUGCAAAUAAAUAUAAUAAUAAAUAUUAUUUCCCAAAUGGGACAGGUCAGUGGAGCUUGCAGAAGAGUGCCACGCUGACCUGUCCCAAUCCGGAAAUGAGCAUUUCCGCUCGCUUCCAGGGUUCCUUUACAAAAUGGUGCCACUUCAUUAUGCUGGCAGUGGGUCCCACUGUCACGGUGGAAUGAACAGGAGCGCAGCAACAGUAUAGCAUACUGCCCAAGAUUUUUAAAAUGGGGGGGGGGGCGCAGGGCAGGGAGCUUAGCCUUAGACAAUCUUACCUUCUUAUGCAUCAUCAUUUUAGAGAUAAAUAGAUGUAGUUCUUCUCAUUAACAUGUUAGUGAAACUCCUAGGUGAAAUCGACCAAAAUGAACUUGACCACAACUGGCAGGAAUCAGUUGCUGUCAGUAGUUCUGGAACAAGCAUGUUUGAUGGGAAACAGUUCUAAUUGCUUAGCAUGAGCAAUCUUUUAUAUUCUUAUUUAUGAGACUAAUGCCUAAAGUAUUAUAAAUUAUGUAAGUGCCAUAGAUUAAAAAAAAAAUCUUUCUUUUCAUCUCUCUGUCCCUCACUCGUUGGUGGGCGGGGGUUGGGGGAGGCGAGUCCUAUGGUCAGAAUUGCUGCGGACCCCAGCCUGUGAGCAUGAGGCCUUGCAUCGGCUGGCACCCUCUUGUAUAGUGCUGGAAGACACUCCCCUCUCUGUCCAGUAGAGGUUGCUGCCAGUGUAGUUUGAGGCUUGCUUGUGGAAUAAAUCACCUCUGCAUGAUAAAAUGGGGAUCCAAAGCCAGGUUUUGUGGAGCAGCGUAGAUCGUUGCCUCCUUUCUUUGGGGCCUAUCCUGAUGAUAACUCUUUUAAAAUCCUGUUUUUAAGCAGACUAGCUCUCAGCAUUGUACUGUGUGUUCAUUUUAUAUUAAACUAUAAAUUAAUCUUGCCCUAUUA